UGUACCCUGGUCGAUGUGGGCAGGAAUGUAGCGGAAGCAGUCAUGUUUAACGGCGUGGCUGAUCCUGAGGGCGAGAUGCAGCACGGAACUGAUCCAGCUGCAGGCUUGCCCGUGCCACAAACGGCAUUGACGAGAGACAAUGGUCACUUGGUGGAAACGCUAGCACACGAGAAGCACACAAGGGGUGCACGAGUGUCCGGCCUGGGACGAGAAUCGUGCGGUGUCGGAGGUCUUGCAACAUCAGCCAUGGUUCGACGGCCGAGAAUCGCGGCAUGGCGUGGCCACCCCGCCCAACUCCUCUUCCGUUGUGCAGUACGACGCUGUUGCUUGGAGCUAACUUGGCGAGCCAUGGUCCGAACUGGUGGUGGUUGUUCCGGUACGGGGUGCAUAUUGAAUGUUCCCCACGGCCUCGCGGAUUGAGAUCCCCGCCCCUCCUUCUUUCUGGCCCCUUCAUGCCAAACCACUUACAUACCUCGGGAGGUCCACGAACCCAUGGACAGCAACAGCUCAGCAUUUGACGGGAGAUAUCUGAAGCCCAUAGAGCAGAGUAUAAAGCAGCACUUUGAAGAGAUCAAAGCAAUCAAUGAUACGAUAUUCCGUAACCCGGAGCUUGCUUGGAACGAGAACAUCGCUCAUGACGUCAUAUGCGACCAUUUUGAUGCUCUGGGCUCAGACUUUACAGUUUACAGACACGCCUAUGGACUCAAGACAGCGUUUGUAGUUGAAGCUCGGCACGAUGCAUCUGACCAUGGAGCCACAGUAUCCAAUGGGGUUGUUGGUUUCCCAGUACCAAAGGAGCCCGAGAGGACUGUUUCAGAGCCAGACUUUGUUGCUCCACCGCCAAUACCAAAAAACGGUCGCCUCGUCAUCUUCAACGCCGAAUAUGAUGCUCUACCAGUCACGUCGAAACUGCCGCGAACCACACGUCCGGGAGUGAGCGCUUCACAUGCUUGCGGCCACAAUCUGAUCACCUCAUCGUCCGUAGCAGCAUUCACAAGCUGCUGGGAGGCACUGAAGCACAAGAAUAGGGAAGAAGCCUACCUGGACCACCGCGUCCCAAGGGCCACAAUGUUCGUCAGGUUGCUGGGAACUCCAGCCGAAGAAAGCGGUGGCGGCAAGAUCAAGUUGCUCCGCGCCGGCGCAUAUGAAGGUGCCUCGGCAUGUUUGAUGGCUCACCCAGGUCCCCUGGCGUGGACCGACACAAGUCUUCGAGCCUUGGCUCUCACGAGCAGCCUUGCGUCGCAAAGACUCAUUGUUAACUUUGAUGGGCAGGCGUCUCAUAUGGCCUUCCACCAGCCGACGUCAACUGGUACAACGGACGGCGCCAUCCACAGCAACAGGAAGAACGCGCUUGACGCUCUCGUUAUUGCCUACGUGAGCAUAUCGGCCCUUGCAAGGGAGCUCAAGCCGCCAGCAAGAGUGUUUGGAUUCAUCCGCAGCGGCGGGACAGCAGCCAACGUGGUUCCCGACCGAACGAGGGCUGAAUACAGUAUCCGGGCCAAGACGAUUCAGGAGCUCGUCGCGUUGCGUAAAGAGGUGACACGACGCCUGAAAGCCGGCGGCGCUGAGGCUGGCUGCACGACCCAUGUGAUAGACUCUCGUGCGACGUACUGGAAUCUUAUCUCCAACGAGCCGCUAUGUCAAGCUUUCAGCAGCCACAUGAGUAACUUUGGCAUCAGCACAGCCUACACACUGCCCGAGAUCACUGACAACCCAGUCGCAGCGACAGAUCAAGGAAAUGUCUCACACCACUGCCCUGCGAUGCAAGCUGCAUUCUUCAUAGACAGCCGGGGCGCUUUCAAUCACCAGCCCGAGUUCGCCGCAUGUGCGGGCACUGAUGAUGCUUUCGCCCGCGCCAUGGAUUGCGCAAAGGGGCUUGCUGCCGUGGGUGUGGAUGUGCUGACAAACGAUGUGCUGCAUGGCGCUGUGAGAAGCUCAUUCGAGGAGUCGCUGAGAAUCUCAGGCUCUGAAGCGGAUCAAGAAGCGGAUUCUGACCACGAAGGAACAGGCAUGAGCGCAACUGCGCUCGGAGAAGAGCAUUCCGCAGGGCCGCGUGCCGAAACGAUGACGGGGGCGGCAGAAGGAAUAUCAUCAACGAGCGCUACGGGUGGAUUGAAGGACAUGGCAGAAACUCUGGAGACCAAAUCGGCAUCGUUCACGCUUGAAGGUCUUGCCAAUUUGUCUGGGAAGACAAGAGAGGGAGUCAUCGCAUCUCUCAUGGGCGUUGCGGCUCCUCCCUCCGAUACACUCACUCGUUGAUCGGUGACGACAUGUCUUCUCCUACAUCUUCUAUGUUCUGGAACAACAAUCAGCUCUUUGGAAAGCGCUGGAAAAUAGCUGUCAACUACUGCUUCAAUGGGAACGUCUCAGAACGGCCUAAAGCUUCGUAUGCACAACCAGGUGGCGAUGUGAGCCACCCUAAUUUGAUAAGGCUGAGCAGCA